AUGAAAACUUUUAAAUACAUUCAUUCGAAAGAGAAGCCAUUUAAAUGCAUCGAAUGCGGGAAAGGUUUUUGUCAAAGUCGCACUUUGGCUGUUCACAAGAUUCUGCACAUGGAAGAGUCACCGCACAAAUGUCCAGUCUGUAACCGCAGUUUUAAUCAAAGGUCGAAUCUCAAAACUCAUCUUUUAACUCACACCGAUCAUAAACCUUAUGAAUGCUCAUGCGGCAAAGUGUUCAGACGAAAUUGUGAUUUACGUCGACACGCUUUGACUCACGCAGUUGGUGAUGUUCCUGGACUUGAACAGAGUGAAGUUAAUCAUGAUGAUAUUCAGAAUAUCAGUGAUGGUGAAGACGAUACAGUACUUGAAGUCGAUUCGCCACUUAAUUCGCCCAACAAUAGUGGACGUUCACCUUCACCAUUACAUAUGCCAGUAUCAGCAGAACUUCAAGAUGAGAAUCAUGACGAGAGUGAAGAGUUUGAGCGGGGAAAUGUUGAGCCGGAACCGCCAUCGACACCAGCCCCAGAGAAGCCUGAAAAUGACAUUCUUCCAGUGACUCAUUGUCAUCACGAACGUCCAUUUGGAUCUCGAUCGCCAUAUACAAUGCGACCCACCAACAGCUAUGAUCGUGACCCUCGCCAUCGGUCACCAACACCAGGCACCAACGGCGUUUCAUUACAAUAUCAAGAAUCAUUAAAUUCAAAUCACAUUCAAACAACACCGAGUCGUUCAGACAUGUUUAUGCCGAUGUUACAUGUUCGACGUGAUUUGCAUCAUAAAAUGGGAGCAUCCAAUAGAACGUCAACGGUAACGAGUGGAUUAAUCGACCAUCCAACCUCGAACUUCUUAAGCUCCAUUCCUCUCAGAAAAAGACUGAUUGGUAGCGAUGGUGAACCAUAUUUGCCAUCAUUGUCACGCAAUAUUGGUCUUUACGGCUUGCAAAGAAACCUUCCACAAAUGAAACCCAGCGAAGAUGUUAUGAUGCCUCAAAUUUUAUCGCCAGAAGUUGGCAAUUUAAAUCAUGAACCGUUGCCAUUACAUUCAUCUGGCGUUCCUGGUAAUCUCCCACAACUGAUUGGUUCGCCAUCUCAACCACCAGCAACACAAGUGUCAUCACCAUCAUUACAACAGCAAUCAACUACGACAAUACAGCCUAAAAGAACUGGAUUUAGUAUAGAAGAUAUCAUGAGACGAUAG